AUGGCGUGUCUCAAGGAAAGAGACACUAUCUCUCAGUUUCGAGCCCAGCCCCGGCGAUCCGGGGACCGACUCAUCGGCGUGCGCCUCCAGGGUGAAGUGUACCGGAUGUGCUGCGCCGUGUCGGCAUGCGCCGCGCUCGCAAAGGGCUGGGCCGAUUCGCAGUUCAAUCGCUGCCUCAGCCUCGCCGUUUCCGCAGAAGUCACGUGGCGCGACAUCGAAGAACGCGGCCGUGCAUUCGUCAAGCAACAUGCGAGGCAAAUUGCAGGUUACAGCCAUCUUGCAGAAGACGAGAUGCAUUUGAUGAAUGCUUUGACGGAUGCCCUCCCUUUGGGGAGUGUUUUGCAGUUGAACGAAGGCAGAAUGCAGUUGGACCGAGGCCGCAACGUUGCUGUGACCGAGGGCGCUGUCCUGUUCGAUGUAACGGAAAAAAAGUCGGGAGGAAAUUACACGGCCAAGCUGUUUUCAGUGGGAGACACAAGCGUAGUCAGAGCGGCCACAGCUGUGUGGAGGAUCUUCAAGGAGAGGAACGUUGGGGCUGUUCUCUCGGAGCGAUUCGGCUCGGCCGAAACUGUUCUGGAUCGGGGGUUUCUCAUUCCAGUAGCUGGCGGCAGUCUUGGAAACAAUUCCCCAGUGAUUCGAGCGGAUGGGAAGUGGUCAGAUACUGCAUUCCUGAGCGCGGUGCUGCUGUACCCCCGCGUGGCGCAAACUCUGGAUGCUCUCCUCUGGUCUGGAGCUAAGCUGGAGAAGGAGGCGAAAUUCUUUCUCAUUCGUCGACUCAUCCAGAUCCUCGGAGACCUUCAUCGCAGCAAACUUUGCCAUGGCAAUCUCCACCCGGACAGCGUGGUGGUCUUAGCUGAAACGGGGGACAUUGCGCUCACGUCCUUCGGCGAUAGCUGCUUCCGACCUGUUUACGUGCUGUCGAAUGCCACCGGAUUCGGUGGUGUCCAGCAGGAUGCAAUCCGCCUAGGAAAUAUUGCUUACGCGAUUUACAAUGGCAAGUAUGACCCUGAUGAGCUCGACGAGUGCAACGACAACCCCGUUUUCCUUGGUGCCGAUGACACGGAUGUAAACGAUGUUGCUGUUCGUGGCGCGAUAAUGCGUCUGCUGUGCUGCGGUGAGUGCACGAUGGGGAAACCUGCCGAUUAUGGUGCCGACAGCCCUCUGUUUUCUUCAUAA